UUUCUUGCAGCAGAGCUUAUGCAUUAGUUUCAGGAAGGUGCUCACCAGCAUGGCAGCUUCGACAGAAUCGGGACAGGCGUCCACCAAAAUAACUCCCGAAGUGCUGCAAGAGAUGCUCCAGUACUACAACCUCACCCGGCAGGAGUUCAUAGACUCUUACAACAUCCAGCCGCUCGUCUACAUCCCCGAGUUGCCUUACAGCGCCAAGAUCACCUUUGUGAUUAUGUAUGUCGUUAUUUUCGUCCUGGCCCUUGUUGGGAAUAGUUUGGUCGUGUACACAGUGGUGAAGAAACGGACCAUGCAGACGGCAACCAAUAUUUUCAUCUGCUCUUUGGCGGUCAGCGACCUGCUCAUCACUUUCUUCUGCAUCCCUUUCACCUUGUUGCAGAACAUCUCGUCUGAAUGGCUGGGAGGUGUUCUGGUUUGCAAGGCAAUUCCUUUUGUGCAGACCACAGCCAUAGUGACGGGUAUUCUCACAAUGACCUGCAUUGCUAUUGAGAGAUACCAGGGUAUUGUCUACCCGCUGAAAAUGAGGAGACAGUACACAUCUAAAAGAGCAUACAAGAUGCUAGGGCUUGUGUGGAUUGCCUCAGUGAUGGUGGGAUCACCAAUGCUGUUUGUGCAGCAACUAGAAGUGAAGUACGACUUCUUGUAUGAUCACCACCACGUGUGCUGUCAGGAGAGAUGGCACUCGCUGACUCACCGGCAGCUCUACACCACCUUCAUCAUGGUCGCUCUUUUCCUGCUUCCUCUGGCUGCCAUGCUGUUCCUCUACACGCGCAUCGCCAUUGAGCUGUGGAUCCGCAAGAGGGUGGGCGACUCCUCCGUGCUCGACACCAUGAACCACAGGGAGAUUAAUAAGAUUUCAAGGAAAAAGAAAAGAGCUGUGAAAAUGAUGAUCACUGUUGUGCUGCUCUUCACUCUCUGCUGGGCUCCAUUCCACACAGUACACAUGCUUUUUGAGUACAAUGACCUGGAGAAGAAAUACGAUGAAGUCACGCUCAACAUGAUCGUCGCCAUCGUUCAGGCCAUAGGCUUCUUCAACAGCUUCAACAACCCCAUCGUGUAUGCGUUCAUGAAUGAGAACUUCAAGAAGAGCUGCAUUUCCACCCUCUCGCAUUGCCUCAGGAAGCCGAACCAGCAGGCUAGUGCUGCCGAGGCACCCAAUCUGAGCGUGCAGUUCAUCAAACCCCUGAACAGGGAAGCCUUCAUGGACACGAGUGAACGCGACAGCUCGAAGCCAAACACUGCAGAGAAAGGCCCGUCAGUGUCAUCGCACAGACAGAGCUCCUUAGAGACGAUAGGAAAUAAAGUCUCCAAUGAAACAAAGAUCCCUGCAAGUGGCUCCUCUCUUGUGAAACAAAAAGGACACCGUUCUUAG